AACUACCCGACAUGCACAUUGCAAUCACUGACCGGCUCGCACUGUAGGAAACAUGGCGGCCGUCAGUAAAUAUCUGACAGCGAGAAACUCCUCCAUAGCGGGCGGUGUGCUUCUGGUUUUGUAUAUCAUCAAGCAAAGAAGAAGGUCAGCGAAGUUGAACGGAAAGAAAGCCGGUUCAGAACUAUUGAGCAAUGAGCAGAAAGAGGCCAAAAAAGACCGAGCUGCUGUGGACAAGGUGUUCUUCCUACGCAUCUGUCGCCUCCUCAGGGUCAUGGUGCCUCGAUUUUUCUGCAAAGAGACCGGAUAUUUGCUACUAAUUGCGGCGAUGCUGGUGGCACGAACCUACUGCGACGUCUGGAUGAUCGAGAAUGGCACCAUGAUUGAAAGUGCAAUUAUUGGUCGCUCCCCAAAAGAUUUCCAGACGUACUUGCUGAGAUUUAUCAAAUUCAUGCCAGGCAUUGCCUUAGUGAAUAACUUCCUGAAGCUGGGCCUGAAUGAGCUGAAGCUGUGCUUCCGUGUGCGACUGACCAAGCACCUCUACGACCAGUACCUGACAGGGUACACCUACUAUAAAAUGGGCAAUCUGGACAACCGCAUCGCAAAUGCUGACCAGUUACUGACUCAGGAUGUUGAGAAGUUCUGCAACAGUAUGGUGGACCUCUACUCUAAUCUCAGCAAGCCCCUCCUGGACAUCUGCUUGUACAUCUUCAAGCUGGCAAGUGCCAUUGGAGUCCAGGGCCCGGCGAGCAUGAUGGCUUACCUGCUGAUCUCGGGUCUCUUCCUGACGCGGCUGAGGCGGCCCAUUGGCAAGAUGACCGUGAUGGAGCAGCGCUAUGAGGGCGAGUACCGAUACGUCAACUCUCGGCUUAUCACCAAUAGUGAGGAGAUUGCCUUUUACAACGGAAACGUCAGGGAGAAAGAUACUAUCUACUCCACCUUCCAGAAACUGGUCAAUCACAUGCACAAUUUCAUCGUCUUCCGUUUCACAAUGGGCUUUGUGGACAGCAUCAUUGCCAAAUACAUUGCAACAGUGGUGGGCUACCUGGUGGUCAGCCGGCCCUUCCUAACCCUGUCCCACCCACGGCACCUACACAGCACACACGCCGAGCUGCUGGAGGACUACUACCAGAGCGGGCGAAUGCUGCUGCGCAUGUCCCAGGCUCUAGGCAGGAUCGUGCUGGCAGGCCGUGAUAUGAGCAGACUCUCAGGGUUCACAUCCCGCAUCACAGAACUCAUGAAGGUUCUCAAAGAGCUGAACUCUGGGCGAUACGAGCGUACAAUGGUGACGCAGCUAGACAAAGGUGCUGAUGCUGCGGAAAAGCUUACGUUAAUCCCUGGAAACGGCCGAAUCAUCAACACCGAUCACAUCAUCAAGUUUGACCACACCCCCUUAGUGACGCCUAAUGGGGACAUGCUGAUUAAAGACCUGAACUUUGAGGUUCAGUCUGGCACCAAUGUUUUGGUGUGCGGGCCCAACGGCUGUGGAAAGAGCUCCCUGUUCCGUGUCUUGGGAGAGCUUUGGCCUCUGUUUGGGGGCUGCUUGACCAAACCAGAGAGGGGGAAACUUUUCUAUGUCCCACAGAGGCCAUACAUGACGCUGGGCACCCUCAGGGACCAGGUGAUCUACCCGGACACCUACGACGACCAGACGAGGAAAGGGAUCUCUGAUCAGGUGCUGAAGGAGUACCUGGAUAACGUCCAGCUGGGACACAUCCUGGACAGGGAGGGAUCCUGGGACAUGGUGCAGGACUGGAUGGACGUGCUGAGCGGAGGAGAGAAGCAGAGGAUGGCGAUGGCCAGGUUGUUUUACCAUAAGCCCCAGUUUGCCAUCCUUGAUGAGUGCACCAGUGCCGUGAGUGUGGAUGUGGAGGACUACAUCUACACCCACUGCAGAAAGGUGGGCAUUACUUUGUUCACCGUCUCUCACAGGAAGUCCCUUUGGAAGCACCAUGAGUACUUCCUUCACAUGGAUGGCAGGGGGAGCUACGACUUCAAGCCCAUCACUACGGACACCAUCGAGUUUGGUUCCUAAAGAGAUCGUCCCUCUCACCCUUAUUCAAGCCUUGGGUCAUGUAGAGACCCAGUAAUCCCUCCCCCAACACAGUGUCAUACACUUCUUCUAAACAAUUCUGUUUGUAAUUUUGUUUUUCCCUUUUGAUGAAGCUGUAUUUAUAGAUCCGUUAUAGUCUAAUUAUUGAAGGCUUUUUUGUUUUGUUUGGUCUCUGAUUGUAUGUAAUUUGUAAUAUAUCUAGUCAAGUCCAAUGAUCUGGACUGCCACUCUGUUGUAAAAGACUAAUUCCUAAUGGUUUGUGUGUAAGUGUGUGAGUGCUUGUGUGUAUGUGUGUGUGUAUGUGUGUGUGUAUGUGUGUCAUUAUCCCUGUAGUUGUGAACUAAAUGAUGUCUAAUCAUUGAGGAGUCAGCCUGUGUAGCCCCUUGCAUGGGAACAGGGGGAGCUCUUUGCACAAAUGAAAUGUACCAGUGAUAGGCUGGCGUACUAACAGCGCUUCCAAUUAUUAUUAUUACCUUCAGUCGAACCAUUCUUCUCAGUGUUGGCAAGAUGUGAAGACUAAGUGGCCUUAGUACUUAUAGUAUUGCCUGAUGGUUGGUUGAGAGAAAAAGAAGUGUGGGAGAAGAAGUGUGCUUCCUGCCAUCGGACUAUGCGUGUAACCUGAGUUGAUACCUUAUUCACUGCUUGUAGGAAUCUUUUAGUGUAACCUUUCUUGAGAUGCAGGUGGGGAUUGCACUUUUGGGAAUCUUUGACUGGCUCACUUGGAAAAGGGGUCUACAAGCGGAAAGGUACUCGGCAAGGUUGGCUGGUGUGUAGCUUAGUACAGUGGUUCCCAAACUGUGGGGCGGUUGCCCUAGGGAGGGAGGGGGUGGGCAGAGUUACAGCAAGGGGGCCUGGGCCGGGGGGGGCGGACCCAGAACACUAAACAACCAACUUCUGAUCAAAUUAAUUAUGGCAUUGCUCUUACAGCACAGUAGCCUGUAGUUAACCUAUUUGGUGUUCUCAUUUUCUUAAGGGGGCCUGCCACGAAAAGUUUUGGAACCACUGACUUACUAUCUAAAAGCCUUUCAUAUCCACACACACCAUGUAAUUAAACACUUGUUGCCUACUUGUAUCUGAUUGUUUUGUUUCUUUUUUUUCUGAAAUGUAACAAAUACUGUAAGUGACUUUUAAAAAAGUGAAAGCUGCAUUGUAUAAAAGCGGUGGGUUUUUAUAUGAGAACGACUACAGUAGCCUAACAACACUGCAUUCACACAGUACAUGGACCUGCAGUAAGCUGACCUGUGCAUUUUCAUUAAAAAACAAAACAAACAAACGUGGAAGAUCA